AUGCGGGAGGAAGACAUGCGGGAGGAAGACAUGCAAGAGGAAAACAUGCGGGAGGAAGACAUGCGGGAGGAAGACAUGCGGGAGGAAGACAUGCGGGAGGAAGUUCAAGCACACUUGGCAAUGUCUGGCUUGCCUGCUGCAUCCCGUCUAUCGACCACGGAAUCUAGAUAUCUACUUCAUCACGUUUUUCUGCCCCCAAAACUGCCACAGGAAGAUGAUUAUAACGCUGUACAUGAAACUGUGAUGCUCGAUAGCGUUAUUGACGCCCUUGCUCGGUUUCAGGAUUAUUGGCAGGGGCAGGAAAGUGAAGUUGUUGUCAGUGUCAAAGUGAUGCUCACUCGUUUGAGAGCGAUGCGCGAUUGUGAUGGGGACGUGAAUCACGUCGAGCUUAGAAAAGCUUUAGGAGAACUGGAAAACUCAGGUAUGGCCAGUUGUUACCUAGCUGACGUCUGGAACUUUACUGACACGUGUUGUAUAGGAGGUGCUCUACCUGUGCAUGUUCGCUGCCAGAAUGCUGCGGUCUUAAUGACCAGGCACAGCGAUUCAAUACAUGUCGAGACGUUUGAACUGUGGCCUCGGAACAACGCUGUCAACACCACGGUGGGUCGACUGCAACGCCAAUUCCCUGGGCCAACCUUUGCUUUGGAUCGAGCCAUCUUCAAUGAGCCGAAUAUGCAAAACACAAUUGCGCACGCCCUUGAGAGCAUGAGUCGUCAGCCUGCCCCGGGGACCAAGCCAAAAGUGAAGAAGGCGCGGCAUAAACACGACGAGGAUCGGGAUACAACCAAUCCAAUGAUGGUUACAGAGCUGUUCACAACAUUCCUGCGCCCACAAUGCAGAACUGUGGACAGUUUGCAGGUUCGUAAAAACACACGGGAAGAAGUCCUGUGGCUCGACACUCUGCAUCCUUGGAGGCGUUCCGCCCUCUGGCUCCAGGUUCGAGUUACGAUCCAAGUGUUCAUUCGGAGGCUCUCCCAGCGCGAAGGAAUUUCAGUCGACCUUUACAAAGUAUUCAUGGUUUUUUACAUGAGUUCCAUUCUCCACCGCUGUCCCGAGAGCAUAAGCAGUGAACACCGGUAUAUCAUGAGUUCCAAAAUUGUGCGCCGGUUACGCAAGCUUGAUCUGCCGCCGGAUAAUCACGAUUGGCUCCUGUUUGUCCAGUGUGCCCUUCGAGAAGCGAAUGGCGUCCUCGAACAAAACUGGAGCCGCAUCAUCGCCCGUAACGCCUGCCGACCUGAUAUGUCCGCCUUGACUCGACUCAACUUUAAAGAUGACACUGAUUGCUCACUGCCCAAUCUUGAUGAGUGGCUUCAGAGCAUCACAACCUGCCAACACUCCUUAGUGUCGCCAGAUUCCCACCCACAGUCUGGACUCUUGGAGUUUGAGCCGGCAGAGCUCCCAUCGCUCCUCCAAUUGACUGACCCCGACUAUCACGUCUACAAUCUUGCUGCUUUUGAAGCGUGGGUUGACUUGAAUCUUCAAUCCUGGAUUGAGACACAUAUCGGCUAUGAAGACACCUGCGAACGGCUAAGCAGUGUAGUUAAUGCCUAUUUUAAUAUUGCAUCCGAGUUGUACGCCUCCAACCCCGAGGCAUUGUCUACCAUGCUUCUCACCGUCCUGGAGCUCUGGAUAGCUUGUGACAAGUCCGCCGUCCAUAUUCAUCCGCUGCUUCGCCAGUAUCAUACUUGUAUUCCGAUACAUCUAUUCCAGUCUCUCCUCUUAUCUCGGCUGUCCCAGCUUACCAGGUUGGCACAGGCGGAACUCUACAUGUGCCAGCGUCACCAGGACCUCCAGUACCCAGAUUCCAAUGUUCUAACCGACUUUGGAACCUCUUCCUCCUUUUCUGUGCGCUACUUCGAUAACUCCGCUGAGCACCAACGUCUACUUGACACUAUUGAACAAAGAGCUGGAUCUGAGAAGGCCGCCAAAGUGGUGGAGCUGCACCGCAAGCAUCAGCAGUACAGGGACUAUUGUGCUCGGCGGGAUGAGAUUUCUUGCACAUUCUACGAUGAGAUAGUCGACAGGCGGUUCCUCUUCACAGAGCGUCGCCAUAGCCCCUCAUGCAAGCGAUGCGGGUUUGACAAGGCUGCGAGAGGGAUCACAAUUGAUGUGCAUGAGUGGCCUUUGUCUUCCAAUCCUUUGGAGGCAAAAUCUACGGUCUUCGAGUUGAAACUGCCCAGACCGUUUGCAUUCUGGCGUGAUAUCACUGCUUUCAUCUUGCUUGAUGUUUUGGGGAUCAAGUAUGUUUCGGAAGAAACGCCUAGAGCUGAGUACCGACCAAACACCUAUAGCGGACUCUCUAUGUUCUACACUGCGGUCGUUGAUCACCCAAGGAUCGGCCUUCUUUCCCAAGUUAAACCCCACCGCGCAACUCACAGGCGGGAAAAAUACAUUAUCAAUGUAUCAGAGAGCGACGUUUGUCUCGCGAACGGUUUGCGUUUCAAAUACUUUGACAAUGCCCUCCGCUGCUUUACUGAAGUCCUGAGCCAAACACAUGCAACGGCGACGGCAUGCACUUACAAGUUACCUCCAUCCAGCUCGUCUCUGCAGCCAUUUCUCUUCCGCCCAGCGGAGACACCGGACGGUCAAUCACCCAACACGGUCAUUGCAUCGCAGCAUGCCUGCCCCGAAAACAUGUCACUGGGUGAGUAUAAGGCGCUCUGCUCAAUGCCAUUGGGCGUUCACAUCCAGUGGCAGAACAUCCUUCGGCAGCUCGCUGCCCCCUCCGUGGUAUUCAAUAAGGUCGAGACGUGCCUUUUUACCCUGCAGAUCAUGCACCAGGCAGGGCCGCCAUCGCCCAUGCAUCCGACCCUGAGAGAAGGCCAUCAUGUUUUGAACGAUGAUUUGUUUGCAGCUCCUUUGCUGCGAGAGAUCAAGAAGACAGCAGCGGCCAUCGCACAGAACUGGCAAUCCGCAGAGGAGUUGAGCGUGCUGAUCGCCCUCACCCAAAAAAGUGAGGAAUGCAUAGCCCAGCUGGAUGGCCUCCGGAAGAUCUCUUUCCAAUGGGUGAUGACUGUUGGGGAGAAGGCCGGUGCUACGGACAGUGAUGAACACAGGAACAAUCUGAUGGCCUCCGCCGCUUACCUCGCACUGAUGUGCGUGGGCACUUUUGACUGCGAGAACAGUCACCUGGAGCAAAUGCUCCGGAACGAUCUGGCUGCCUCCGUUUUCAUCCAAUGCAGUAUGAUCAUUCAUGACCGAAGGAGUCUUCUGGACGGGGUAUCCAGUGGUUUACUUCCAAUCUUCUACUAUCGGUGGCAGAGCAUAGCCUUUCGGGGACACCGCAUCUUCGCAAACCACACUGUCCAUGGCCGCACGACCGCACUCGACCGAGCGAUCCAGCGGACUUGGGCCGCGUACCGACCGGGAUCUCCUUGGACAGCCGCCCCAGGGGGCAGUCAAUGUUGCCUGAAUACCCAGAUGAUGGUUGAACGCGGCAGUAAUAGCGGUGUCGUGGUGCACGUCAACCUUCUCACUGGUCAGCUGCUCAUCAAUGGUCGUCCACUUGCGCGGUUGCCCUCGGAAUUCGAGCGCCACAACACAUAUCGAUCCCUGUUCGGGCAUUCUUUGGUUGAAGUGAUGCCUAGCAAUCUUCCAGGCUUGGAAUUCUCCGCCCAGAGACUGCACAUGGGUCAGACGAUCUACUUGGGGAAACUAACCAUCCCCAAGCAGAGUGGGUUCGAUCUACGCAUUCGAGCUGUGGACGGGAGUAGAGUCUGGGAAUUCGUAUCCCCGAGGCUCCUCGCGGAUGCUUUGCCGGAUGCCUUCGUGGAGGGAUACGCCCAUUGGUACGAGACCGAUGGCCAAUUCAUAGAGUUUCGUCCUCUUAAUGAUCCAUGGAAGUCAUCACCGGUUUCUCACUGGCGAUUGCAGCGCACCCAGCUGGGAAACAACUGGCGGCUUACCCAGGGCAGUAUCUCGUUAAUCAAUAUGCGGAGCGAGACAGCGAGAUCAUUGUCUGAUAUCUUCCAACCCCUCGAAAAGGCCCCCAAGCUGCACUACAAACUUCACCGCGGAUCUGACAUGGUGGAAAUCGAGAUCCCCCGCCUCGGGCUGGGCUUUGAUCUGCGAUCGGGUCAGUCCUCAAUUGAGUCUCGCCAGUACCGGGGGAUGGUCGUCGAUCCUGAUCAGUCGGUGGGCACCCUGAUCGGCCUGCGUAACAAGCUCGUUUUGCUGGACCGAAACACACACAAUCGGAGGAUUUUGAUCCCAGAAGGCCAGAUAACAUGGGAGCAAGGCGAUGGCCAUGUCGCCGUCAAGGUUGGCUGGCAGGCGGCAACCCGCGUGCAUGUUUAUCUCGUGAACAGUGACAUCGGCUGUUUGACAGACAACGGGACUCUACAGAGCAAACUUGUACUGUGCUAUCUGCAUGCCGUCACAUCCUUCUGCACUCCUGACCCCUUGACCAAGCACACAGGGACCGAACAGUCUCUGUCCAUCCUUCGUUCGGCAUCGAUGCGGUCUUUCAAUCAACUACAGCCGGAGAAUAUCUCGAUUCUUAAAAAGCUUGCGAGUCUCACACCAGCGAGGAGAUAUUACCCUGCCAACGAGCGUGUAAUGCAGAGCGUUCGAUGGGAUCCGAUCCUCGGCUGUUUGGCUCAACAUGAUGAAUUCCACAGCCAGGUAGCUGCUAUACUUGAUCAACACCGUCGGAUGAGGAUAUUCAACCCGGCUUCACAGGGGACAGAGCCGUCGCUCCCUUCAUGGAAUGCAGACCUCCUGCAGCGAGAUCGCAUUCGCUCCUCGACCUUCCGGAUCUCUGGUUUCGGUGCUGAGGACCACACGGACGCGAAGGACUGUCCGUACGAAGAACUGGGCCGGGACUACCAGUCCGAAAGCUGUUCACGGGUGUUCAGUCUCUGCAGAAUUCUCUACGAAGAUAUACCAUCUGCCCAGAACGUCAUGCUUGAAAUCCUGGCUGCACGUCUUUGGGAGUUUCUUACGACUUCCAACACAGUUCACGGAGCCAGUUCUUCGAUUGAUUCUACACAGAUCAAAUACGAUGCGAUGUGGCUCACGGAGACCGGCGAGUUUGUUUCCAGUCAUUGGUGCAGUAUCCAUCGGCUCCUCUGCUCGGAGACGGCCCGGCCAAACAGAUAUGCAGUAAUGCUCUGGUUGUCAACGUUGGCAUUCUCCAGGAAGAUCGACAUAAUCGUCUUGCACGUUCUUGCUGCGAUGUACAUCUUGCCCGGCAUGGCCUCUAUGACGUUGCCAGCGCAGAGAUCAUACAGGCCCCAAAAAGGGUCCAAGGUGAACUGCGCCGAACUGAAGACUCGGAUCCAUUCUGUAAGCAGGAGUGUGACCCCCGAAGAUGGCCUCUCUCCCGGACCAGCGGAAUCGUAUAGCAUGUUUCAUGCGCGCGUGGCGAAGUUGAGAAAGACAAAGCGGAAACAGGCACUAGCUCAUUUCAUAGAGGGCCUAGAGGGACAGUGGCCGACCCGAUGCCCCUCAACUCCCAUAUCUGGUGAACAGCCGGCGUUCGCAGAUUAUUUUGAUACACAAAAAGCGAUGCAAAUUUCACAGGCAGCAUUUCCAACUUGGUUCGAUAACCGAGAGCUGAGGCAGUAUCUUGAUAGGGUUGCAUCCGUCUACACAGCCCAAAAGGUCCAACCCAUCGCGAUCCCGCCAUGUCUGUACCCGUGCGCGAAACGCCCCGCGGACCGACGGCAUGCUUUCAUCUCCGUGGAUGAUAUAGUGGACGAGUCUCUUGGUCCAGCACCGGCGGUGGAAAUGGAACCACCCACUCUACCGCCUUGGUCGGGCAGUCGCACUGCUCCUGACCCAAACCUCCGUCUUUUGAGCUUAGUCGAUGCCCUGGAAUCACAAGCGCGAUCUCAGUUCCAAAAGCAAUACAUCGAGAGACUGCGGGCCAGUGUGACAUCCCUGCAGGGUAUCCAGGAUAUGGAUCAUCCCUUGCCUGAUGACGACAUUCUUGAGACCGUCAUAUCCCAUCAUUUGCAUCGCUGCCAAGAGUACCAUGAGGAAAUCAGUCGCUCCAUCAUGUCGAGGAUGAUGCUUUCCGAUACGAGGACAGGAGAGGUACGUCCAGGUUCAGACACGCAGCGCAAUAUCCUGGGAACAUUUGCAAAUGUCAACGUCUGGCCGAGGGUAUCAUCACAGCUCCUUCUCCAUCAGCUGACACGCAAACGCUGGAGCCACCUGCCUGGGCCCUGGAAGAAAUGCUUGAUCGCGUAUGGAUGUUCCAUCACGGCACUCCAGCGGGCGAAGAGGCUCGUCAAUUUGAUGGGUCAUCGCGUGGAUUUAGCCCGCGAACUGCAGAACGCAGGUCACACGAACUGGAACCCAAUGGAUUUUCCCGAGUCAUUGUUGCUGGAGAUUGAGAGUGGAUUGUUGAUUCGGGACGUCCAAGAACAGAUUGCGCGACGCAUGCGACAUGCGCAGCCCGGACAUAAUGUCGUCAUGCAACUGAAUAUGGGCGAGGGCAAGUCUUCCGUCAUCGUCCCCAUCGUGGCAGCCGCGCUCGCAGACCGUUCCCUAGUUCGCAUCAUUGUCGCCAAGCCACAGUCGCGGCAGAUGUUUCAGAUGCUCGUUUCAAAGCUAGGGGGACUUUUAGGUCGGCGGGUUUAUCAUCUCCCCGUGUCACGCUCGUUGCGGAUUGGUGAAUCUGAGGCGAGGGAGAUCGAAUGGAUGUGCAAAGACUGCAUGGCGGAGGGCGGAGUUCUCCUUGUUCAGCCUGAGCACCUCUUAUCCCUAAAACUGAUGUGCCUAGAGUGCUUCAUCACAGGGAGAGAGGCGGUUGGUGUAUGUCUUCUUAGAAUCCUGGAUUUCUUCCAGACCUCCUCGCGAGACCUGGUAGACGAAAGCGAUGAAAAUUUCAGUGUGAAGUUCGAGCUGAUCUACACAAUGGGGACCCAGCGUCCUUUGGAGCUCAGUCCACAGAGGUGGAACUUGAUUCAAGAGAUGCUGGGCCUGGUGAGGAGAUAUGCUCCGGUUAUCAAAAUGCAGCUCCCGCGGUCAAUUGAGGUGGAGGAGCUACAUCCAGGGAGCUUCCCCAGAAUCAGGUUGCUCCGAGCAGAUGCCGCGCACCGGCUGUUUGAACGCAUCGCGGAUCAUAUCUCCCACUACGGCAUCGACAACCUGCCCAUUUCAAGGCAGCCAGAAGCAGAACGACGCGCGGCUAUUGCUUAUUGCCUUGAGCCUGACCCGUCAGAACAGAAGAUUGCGGUAGUCGAAAAGCCAGAUGCGUCUGGCUUGUGGGCCGACAGCACGAAAGAUCCUCUCCUACUACUUCGGGGUCUGCUAGCUGGCAACGUCUUGGCAUUCUGCCUGGGACAAAGACGGUGGAGAGUCAACUGCGGACUUGAUCGCUCCCGACAACCCCCCACGAGGCUGGCGGUUCCGUUUCGUGCCAAGGAUAACCCUGCACCACGGGCGGAAUUCAGUCACCCCGAUGUUGUCAUUGUGCUCACGUGCCUGAGUUACUAUUAUGAAGGACUCUGUGACGACGACCUAUUUCAGGCAUUCGACCAUUUGGUCGGAUCGGAUCAGGCUGACGCGGAGUAUCAGAUAUGGGUCGAUGAUGCCCCGAAUCUUCCCUCCACUUAUUGUCAAUUGAUGGGCGUUAACCUCCAGGAUCGGCUCCUUUGCGUGGAAUGCAUUUUUCCGUGUCUUCGGUUUGCGAAAGGGGUCAUCGAUUACUUCCUUGCUCAUAUUAUUUUCGCCAAAGGUCUAAGGGAGUUUCCGAGUAAACUAUCUUCAUCCGGAUGGGAUAUCGGGGAGGUCAAGUGCCAUCCCACCGUCGGCUUUAGCGGGACCAACGAUUCCCGGGUCACCCUUCCCCUCAGUGUGGAGCAGCUGGAUCUGCCUGAUCAGAAUCACACCAAUGCGUUAGUUCUCGAAUAUCUCCUUCGAUCAGAGACCGGCAUCGCCCUAAUUCCGCCACGAGAUGACCUGACCAAGUCAGAUGCGCAGGUCCUUCUGGAUAUGGUGGCGGAACUGGAUCCAGCCGUACGGGUGAUCCUGGACGUUGGAGCUCGGAUACUGGAGCUGAGCAACUUGGAGGUUGCCAAGACCUGGUUGGAGAUGAUCGGUGAUGAUAGCAGAACGCAGGCCGUGGUCUUUAUCAACGACGACGACGAGAUUACCGUGGUGAAUCGGACCGGACUCGUCGAACCGCUGCGGACGUCACCUUUCGAAAGGCACCUCGACCAAUGCCUUGUGUUCCUUGACGAAGCACACACGAGAGGGAUUGAUCUGAUGCUACCCUUAAAGACCCGGGCGGCGGUGACGCUGGGACCGAGUAUCACAAAAGACAAGCUAGUUCAAGCAUGUAUGAGGAUGAGAAAAUUAGGAAAAGGACAAUCGGUGGUGUUUUGCAUUCCGGAAGAGAUCAAGUUCCAAAUUUUGGCUCUCUGUGGGAGGUCCCACGGAUCCGAUCUUACUGUAGCAGACGUGCUCCGCUGGGCAAUUUCGGAGACCUGGGAUGACAUGCAACGCAGCAUGCCUUUGUGGGCAGUGCAGGGAAAGCGAUAUCAGGCCCAGGCCCGUCAUUGGCGGGCGUUGCGACAGGACGGGCAAACUUCGAUUUCCAAAUGUCAGGCCGAAGGGUUUCUGGAACCGGAAUCCCAGUCGCUUGAACAGCGAUACCGUCCUGGUCGUAAGAAUGAUUUGGCUCUUUUCCCUCAGAACACCGACGAUGGGGACUUGUGUCGCAUACUGGACCGUUGCCGUGAGUUCGCCACUGUGAAGUUCUCCGCAGCGCAACUCCAGGAAGAGCAAGAGCGAGAGCUAGCACCAGAGAUUGAGCAGGAACGACAAGUUCAACGUCCGCCUCCUGCCGAGCCGGAACCGCAUUCCGUGCACCCCGAUAUACGCUUGUUCGUGGCCACGGGACAUCUGGAUGCAUCAUCCACCGCAGUGAGCCCAGCUUUCAUGGUGUUAGAAGAUACAUCAGCGGCCAAAUACCUGGAUGUGGCCCAGUUCCCAUCGGAGCUCCUUGUCACCAAGGAUUUUGCUAGAACAGUCCGACUGCCAGAUAAAUUGUCUGCCCGAGAUAGUUACCAGCGUGCGGUGGAAUGGGUCCUGAUGAGCAAUGACCAUCCCUCCAAGGACGGAACGCCCGUAAGGCACAUGGUGAUCAUCAGCCCGUAUGAGGCGAAUAGCCUUCAUUCUGACAUUCGAGGGUCUGGCACAGUAACGAUGCAUCUAUAUGCACCUCGUCAAAACCAGAGCUCAUACCAUCUCGAUAAGCUCGAUCUGUACCCGAUUCCGACGGGUUCAAGCACAAGGCCCCUACCAGUCCCUGAGAGCCUACGCAUUCAACUGAACCUCUUUGCGGGGCAGCUCUAUAUUUCAUCGUACAAUGAGUAUUGUGAAAUAUGCCGCUUCCUGGGAGUGGCAUCUACUGCCGCACCAGAGGGCUUGGCCGUCGCCGCGGAUGGGUUCAUCGUGGAGAACCAACAGGCAGGAGCCAAGUUCACCAAAAGCCCCCUCAGGUUUCUCAAGGUGUUCAUGUCACAGAUACGGAAGGACGGACAGGAAAUUGACAAGACCCACCUUGGCAAGAUCCUAGACGGAAAGCUUUUACUCAUGGCUGACUUCCAAGACUGCAAUGGCAGAGCUCGGACUGAGUCUUCGAAAUAUCCGAUGUGA